AUGGGUUCUAUUGAUGCUUUUGAAUAUGAUCCCACUUGCUUCGACUACGACACUCUCAGGUACACCCUUGCCCGCCACUCGGAAUGGCGCCAGUCGGAUGAGAAGAGCGUCUUGGAGCCUUACACGUACUUGAUAUCCCACUCAGGGAAGGACGUCCGUGGCCAAAUGAUCAACGCCUUCAACGAGUGGCUUCACGUCCCCAAAGACCAACUAGCGAUCAUCGGCAGAAUUGUAGGAAUGCUUCAUAACGCUAGCUUACUCGUCGACGAUGUCGAAGAUGACUCACAGCUUCGGCGCGGUAAUCCUGUGGCACACAAGAUCUACGGCAUCCCGCAAGUCAUUAACACGGCGAACUACGUGUACUUCCAGGCAUUCCAGGAGGUCUCAGCGCUGCAGGCGUCCUGCGACAAAUAUGACCUUCACACCAUCGUCAUUGACGAAUUGCUCAACCUCCAUCGCGGGCAAGGACUCGAUUUGCUCUGGAGAGAUACACUUACCUGCCCGUCUGAGCAAGAGUAUAUCGCCAUGGUUAACAACAAGACGGGCGGUCUUUUCCGCCUUGCGGUCCGGCUGAUGAUGGCCAACGCCACCACAAGCGUCGGGGUUGACUUCAUCCCGCUCGUCAACUUGAUUGGAAUCUACUUCCAGAUCCGUGAUGAUUACUGCAACCUGCGGUCAAAGAACUACGCGGCAAACAAGGGUUACGCCGAGGACCUCACCGAGGGAAAAUUCUCCUUCCCCAUUGUCCAUGGUGUGAAUACCGACCCCAACGACCGGUCGCUCCUCAGCAUCCUGCAGAAGCGCCCCUCGACCCCGACGCUCAAGGAUCACGCCGUGUCGUUCCUUGAGAACCGUACGCGCUCGUUUGACUACACACGCGACGUGCUGCAAAAGCUCGAGCGGCAGGUGCGCGAUGAGCUGGCCCGGCUGGGUGGUAAUGCGGGGCUCGAAGUUAUCGUCAAUGCACUAUCCAAGACUGAGUAG